AUGACCCAAAAACUGCUGUUGGCGGAGGGCCUUGACCUGCUGCGCCAGUGCGAGCAGCGCGAGUACGACGUGGAUCAGACGAAGCUUCGCAUCAGCAGCAACAGCCGCUACCGCAGCGAGCUUGGGCGGCUGCUGCAGAGCUACGACACGGUGUACCAUCAAUACGUGCGUGGCAUCCAGAUAUUAAACUACGUGCGCCACACAGCCCUCGCGGACAAGAGCCCCAAGAACGCGCAAUACUCCAAGAACCUGUCGGAGUUCUGCGCUGGUAAGAUCACGGCGUACAUGGCGCGGUGCAGUAACAUCACUCGCAAGACGGACGGCAUCCUGGUGCCCAUCGAUCAGAUUGACCUCAUCGCAAAGGAGGGCUACACCCCGGUGGACACCGUCUACCUGCAGGACGGCAUCACGUACCCGCUGUCGCGGAAGGAGAAGGUCAUAGCGAAGGAGUUCACGCUCACAGCCGGCACGUAUGUCCUGACGCUCAAGAACCGUGACGACUACACGCUGGCGGCACCGGAGGUGGACGUGGCGCUCGUGGUGCUGCCUCAGCGUGGCAGCGGUCUUGAGCCGUCGCGCGUCGAGAUGAAGCUGCCGUGCCAGUGUGGGUGGCGCAAGGUGGUCGGCGUCGUGGAUGUGUCGACGGUGCAGCUGGAGAUUCGCUACAGCGGCAUCCGCGAUGCUCACAUCGACGUGCUCUUCCAAAAAUGGUGCGCCAUCGAGGACGUCGGCCGCUCUGGCGGCGCGGCGAGCGGCCCCGGCCCAGCGCUGUCGCCGUCGACCUUCGAUAGCUGUGACGGCGGCGCGGCGGGCGGCAUCUCCCAUCACUCGUACACGCCCCCCAAUGUGUCGGCAAGUGAUGCGGGGGCACCGGCGCACCAGCAGCCGCAGCAGUGGGUGAACAGUCUUCCGCAGCUGCCGGAUGAUGAGCUGGCGACGCUGGCGAACUACAACGUGCCCUCUGCGAAUCUACCAACGGUGCCGAACCGCCCCGCCAACGGCAGUGGAACUACCUCGUCGGCAGCCCCCUCCUCGGCCGAGGAUCCAUGGGCGACGCUCGCCAACCUGAACGUCCCGCACGCGCCAACGACGCGCAACGCGCCGAAUGCGGCGUCCGUCAUGCAUGUGCCAGAGCCGGUAGAGGUGAACCCGACUGGCAUGACGUGUCGCCAGCGACUCGACAAGAUCCACCAGCUAAUGGAUGCGUGGCCGUCGAUCGGCGUGGUCGCCUGCGCGCUGCCGACUGAGCCACAGAGCUUCAUGCAAGGCGUCCACGCUCUGCCUUUUCCGCGCGAGUUUUCAGCGUAA